CUUUGUUGACAUUGCGAAAACCGCGUCUUUCUCACUUAAAUUUCUCAUUUCUAAAAACCCAAAUUCGGUUUAAAUUACAACAAAAAUGUCUCAAGUGAUGCAGAACGCGGAAACCGCGACGAAUAAUAAGGUUCAGGCCACUGAAAGAGUGACACUUGAAGCGGAAGACGAAGACGAGGAGUGCUUCUUCCAAGACAUCUACCUUCUAGCGGAGCAAGGAAUUAGCGUCGCAGACAUCGAAAAAAUGCGAGCUGCUGGAAUUAAUACAGUCAAAGGGUUGCAGAUGACCACGAGCGCCAACCUCCUCAAGCUUGGGGCUUUCGAUGCUGAUAAAGUUGUGACAAUCCAAGAAGCGGCCCACCGGAUUUCCGUGACCAGUAGGUUUAUGACGGCCCUGGAAGUGAGCGAGGAGCGACAACAAGUGUUCAAAAUCCCCACGGGAAGCACGAAUUUUGAUAAUUUGCUGGGGGGCGGCGUUGAGUCUAUGGCUGUGACUCAGGUUUUUGGUGAGGCGGGGACUGGGAAAACGCAAAUUGCACACACGCUUUGUGUGACGGCGCAGCUGCCAGUCGAUGGGUACUCUGGAGGGAAAGUUAUGUACAUUGACACUGAACACACUUUCCGCCCUGAGCGCAUCCGCCAGGUCGCCCGCCGCUUCAGUUUAGACGAGAAAAAAGUCCUUGAAAAUGUGCUCUACGCCAGAGCGUACAAUUCCGAGCAGCAGUACGAGCUCCUGAAGAAUGUUGGGGCAAAAUUCCAUGAAGAAGUUGGCUUAUUCAAGCUGUUAAUAGUCGACUCGAUCAUAGCCCUCUUCCGCGUCGAUUUUUUCGGUCGGGGCGAGCUCGUCCACAGACAGCAGAAACUAGGACAAAUGAUGUCCCUUCUUCAGAAGAUGAGUGAAGAAUACAACAUUGCCGUUUUCAUAACUAACCAGAUCAGUUCAGACAUGAAAUAUUCCCUCCUUGAUGUGGGUCUGCACGACGACGCUAAGCCAGUUGGUGGGAAUAUUUUAGCGCACGCCUCUACAACGCGAGUCGCUUUAAAAAAAGUUGCCGGGAAUGUGAGGAUUGCGAUGAUGUAUGAUAGCCCGGAGUUGGAGGAGAGGGAGGAGGCGUUUAUUAUUACCACAGGGGGGAUUAGGGAUCCUAAGCUUCCAGAGUGAUUUUUUGGUUUAAGGGAAGUAUUAAUUAAGUUGUAAUUUUAAGACUAAGAAAAAUGAGUCAUCAUCGUUUUAGUGUUGGUUUUAU